AUGGCGUCAUUGUAUCUAGUGUACUCUGAAACUGCUUUGUUCUCACCAUUUGAGAGCCCCGGGGGCAAAAACCAGAGGCAGCAACAAACAAAAGUAGCACAAGUAACACAACAACAGCAAGGAAAGAAACAGGAGGAAAAAGAAAACGUUGCUAGAGACCCAGAACUUACCAAGGCUAUAAUCAAUCAACUUUGCAUCUUACUUUUAACAGUAGACUACUCAACUGUUGACUCGCAUUUCAAGCAGAUCAGAUUCAUCUUACUGAAAGAAGUAGGUGGCAACAACUCACAAGUUUGUUUUAAUUACUACCAAAAACUUAUUAGUUUAAUCAGACUCGGUGAUUUUUCCAAUAAGAAAUUAACACCAGUGGAACAUAUUUUUGCAAAAGAAUUAAAUUUUAUUGCAACUGACUUGAGAAUAACCGACUCGUUACUCGACCUAUUUGAUCAACAGUUAAAUUUCGCUCAAAAAAGUAUUGUUGAUUUCGUAGUCAAGUUUGAUUGUGAUAUCAUCUUUUCUUUUAUCUUAUUAAUUCGAUACAAUAAUCCAUCAAACACAGAAGCCGCUAGAGCAUUUAUCAGAGACCACUCAUUAGAGCUUUCCGAUUUACUCAAGGAUAGAAAAUUUCCACAAAACUACAAUUGGAGCCUUUUAUUAGAGUCAAUUUUAAACACUCCAUACUUUCCGUUUUUGCAUAAACUAUUAAUUCUUAGUUCAUUAAAAGCUUUCAAGUUAACUAUCGAACCAAUAAGCAAAUUUUACCAAAAUAUACUCAAGAUGUCCUUUAAAGAAUUAAUUACAGAAGUUGGAUUUGACGACUUAGUACCUGAAAAAUUGUUACCCAGCUUGUUGCAGAUUAAACCAAAUGAGGUUGACGAGGGUAUUGCAUUGGUUCUAGCAGAGAUCUUGAUUCCUGGGUCACAAGGGAUCAAUAAGAAUGCACACCUUCAACAACAAACAUUGCCAGAGGCUAACGCCAAGGGAGCACAACUUCAAGCAAGCUUCCGAGCCAUUGAGGCACAACUGGGCACGAACAAACUUAGCAUCAAUUGGUAUGAGGUGUUUAACCAUAUGCAGCAAAACCUAUUUGAAGCAGGUCGGAGAUAUAAACUUCCAACAGCAGUUAGCUUGACACAGUUUUUGUCAUCAUUGGACUUUAAACAGGAGCCAUUAGAUAUUUUUUUCAACUACGAUUGGUAUUUUGACAAGACAUUACUUUACCUUUUGCAAACUGCUGAUCCGGCGCAAGGUGCUUAUGACAUAUCCUUACUGAACAACUUGGCACUUUGCUUUGAAGAAGACAAGGCAACCCCUCCCCAACCAGGAAGACGAAAUAUCUUACGUUUCAUCAAUAUCGGUAAGUUUGAGUUGAAAGCAUUGUCUGGUGCUCAGGCUCAGCAGGUGACUAAACACCUCAACGAAAAAGAAGUCAAGCUUAAUACCUUUAUCAAUCAACAAUUUGAUCAUGAUUAUAGAGUGUUUCCUGAAUACGUGUUGGCAGCUGCAGUCUCUAUGAUUGAAAGGACGCCUUUUAUCAAUGACUUGGUCGACACAUUAUUUGGAUUGUUGAUGGAUAGCGAUUCGCCGACAUUACCCAAGGUUAUGCGUGUAAUGCUGGAGACUGGUUUGGCCAUUUCACAAUUGGUAAGUUAUUAUAAUAGCAGAAAGACUGUUGUUGCUGCUCAAAAAGUAGCUAACGUGGCCUCGAGGAUUGGUAUUAUAAACGAAGUGAUUGCUCAAUUUUGGACAACAGAUAUCAAUAGUGCAGUAAGUGUUCUUGUUGAAUCAUCUUUUUAUGGCGUCGAUAUCAAGGGUGAAUUGGAUACUAAAUUGAAAGAUCAGCAAUUCAAAAAACCGUUGUACAUUGCUUUGCUUGAUGUUCUUAACGAAAGAGCACAAAAGGAUUAUGAAGCAUUCCAACAACAUCAACAACGUGAACAAAACCCACAAUCAGCUAGUGGUGGUAUUCCACCUUCUCUUUCUCGUCAACUUCCAUUCUUGAAAAUUAGUACAGUUAACACGUUGGUAGAAAAAUUGAAAAACAGCAGUGGAUUGAUUGAUUUGAAGAAAUGGAAAAACUUGCAAAUCUUGAUCUUGACCACUUACCCAAGACUCAUCAAUUUUGGUAGUGGUCAUGAUGAAGUCAUCUUGGCCAAUGAGGCAAAAUCAACUUUUUUCCCUCAGGAAGUGGAGUUGGAAAUGAAAGAGUAUUAUUCAAAAAUGUACAGCAAGGCAGUUGAAAUUCCAGAGGUUGUUGAUGCAUUAAUCAAAAUGAAGUCUAGUGAUGACCCCCACCAGCAAGAUGUAUUUGCAUGCAUGAUUCAUUCGCUUUUGGAUGAGUAUAAGUUUUUUUCUGAAUACCCAUUAGCUGCAUUGGCUUCAACUUCGUUAUUGUUUGGUGCAUUGUUGGAGAAUGAUUUGAUUCAUGGAACAACACUUACAGUCGCCCUCAAUUUCAUCUUUGAGUCAUGUAAUCAACCACCAGAGUCAAAGCUUUUCAAAUUUGCUGUACAAUCAUUGUAUAAUUUCAAAUCAAAAUUGCAUGAGUACCCUAUUUAUUGUAAACACUUGUUGGAAUGUCAAUCAUUGGCAACGCAUGCCAAGAUGUAUCAAGUGGUGAAAGAUGCGGCAAAUGGAAUACCAUGUGGUGGUGCUAACUCGGCUACAGGUGCAACUCAAACACCUACUCCCGACGUUGGACCCAAAUAUCAAUCUAUCAAUUACGUUGAGCAAGCUGUAGGAUCAGUGCAACAAGAAGAGCCAUCUGAAGAAAUCAAGGAUAAAUUGUUAUUUGCAGUCAAUAAUAUGACAAUGGAAAAUAUGAGAUUGACCGAGAUCAAGAGUCAUUUGCAAGAGGCAUAUUAUGCUUGGUUUGCUGAUUAUUUGGUGGGAGAUAGGGCUAGAGCCGAGCCAAAUAACCAUAAAUUGUACUCGGAUUUGGUUGAGAGCUUGGCAGAUCCAAUAUUUACCGAAUAUGUGAUGAAUGUUACUAUGAAAGAAGUAUUCACCAUCAUUAGGAAUUUCAAGGACUCGAGAUCAGAGAGAAACCAGUUGAAGAAUCUUGGUGCUUGGUUGGGAAGAAUUACUUUAGCCAUUGAUAAACCAUUGCGCAGAGAUUUGAUUGCAUUGAAGUUCCUCCUUGUUGAGGCAUACGACUUUAAGUCUUUGCCAUUGAUCAUUCCAUUCGUGUGUAAGAUUUUGGACCAAGCACAAUUUUCAAGAGUGUUUAAGCCUCCAAACCCAUGGAUUUUAGGUAUAAUGAGUGUUUUGGCUGAGUUGUACGAGCAUGCUGAUUUGAAGCUUCAGCUCAAGUUUGAAGUUGAAGUGUUGCUCAACUCAUUUGAAAUGAAAGUAACUGAUCUUGAACAAAGCACAAUUAUUAGAAACCACAGCAGUGACGCUACCGCAUUAGCUCAAAUGUUUGGUCUUCUUCCACAAGUUGGACAAGCUCAACUUACCUCAGAAUUGUCAAGAUUGAAUUUGGAUGCUGGUAGUGGAAGUAGCGACCUGCCAAGUUCUAAUGUUCCAUUAUUCCCACCGCAGGCUGGCAUUAAAAAGCAACUACAACAAUUUCAGCAACCUCCGCUUUCACUUCAACAACAACAAGCACAGGCUCAAGCUCAAGCUCAAGCUCAAGUACCAGCAAACUCUAUCCACGCGCCUCAACCACAACAAGUACAACCGCAAACUCAGCAAGAAUCUGGUUGGGAUACCAGUUUCAGCCAGUUAGUGGGCAAUUCUGUAUUCACUCAACAUGCUAAUUUGAGAAGAGCUUUCCAAGCUUCAUUGUCUCGUGCUGUAAGAGAAUGUGCAAUUCCUAUAAUGAAUCGAGUUUCCGAAGCUGUGCUUGUCACCACUGAGUAUCUCAUUAAGAAAGAUUUUGCCACCGAAGUUGAUGUCGACAAAUUCAGACAAAGUUAUAGAAGGUUGGCGCAACAAUUGGCUCAUAGUAUGGUUUUAUGCAGCGGUAAAAAGAUUUUGGCUGAGACUAUCGAAGCUACAAUGUUGCAGCUUUUGGGAAAUAAUCCCAACGAUAUUCCUAUGUUGGAGCUCAGCAACGCCGUUCAAGCCAAUGUUGGCCUUUGUGUCGAUAUUGUGGACAAGAUUGCCACUAACAAUAUUACUGAUUUGAUUGAUGAGAGAAUGAGGCCAUACAUUUUGAAUCGUGAACGCCAUAAAUUCGGUCAACCAUAUAUUGAAAAUGGCACACCAGAAUCCUCGUUAAGACUUCCAGAACCAUUGGGCUUGAGUACUAGAGGAUUGAGUGCACAGCAAUUGAAGAUAUACGAGCAUUUUGGUGAGUUUUCUGGUGUGGAAAGAAGCAAUGCUCCUACCCCGCUCAUUGCACAACCGCAACCACACCAACCUCUAGUGCAACAACUUCCACAACAAUUACCACAACACCUACCACAACACCUCCAACAACAACAGCUGCAACAACAACUGCAACAACAACAACAGCAACAACAGCAACAACAAUAUCAGCAGCAGCAGCAACAAGUGCUUCAACAACUGCAACCACAUCAACUCCAACAGAUUACACAAGACUUCCCGGCACAUCAACAACAAUCGAGAAUGUUACAAGAGGAUGUGGCCUCUGUCGAACAGCUUUUCGCUAUCAUCACACAGUACUGUGAAAAGGCCAUCAAUCUUCUUGCAGAUGUUACUGAGACUAAGAUUGCUGAUUUACCACCAAACCAUCCAAUCAUGACGGCUCUCACUCAGGCAUUAAGUAUUGCUCAAGCAAAUGCCAUCAAGUUCCCUGAUUUGUUGCUCAAGGCAGCGCAAUAUGCUGUUAAUUGUCUCUUUACACAAGCACACGAAAAUUCUAUAGCAAACGAAAUCUAUGUGAUUAUGCUCGACAAAUUGUGUGAAUUUUCUCCCUCAACAGCAAAGGAUGUCACUUGGUGGUUAGUCAAUUCAUCGGAUCAACGUAAAUUUAAUAUGCCGGUAAUUUUAUCGUUGUUGAAAGUACAAUUGAUUCAACCAACUAAAUUGGAUUCAUCUAUUGGUGCAUUGAUCAAGGAGUCAAACAAUCCAGUUGUUGUGAAAUUUGGUGCUACAUUAUUGUACAGUAUAUUUACAGCGGAGGAUUUGGCGCGUCCCAUUGCAUUGAGAUCAGAAUUUGCCCACACCUUGGAUGCAUUGUAUGAGUACCAGAGAUUGCAAUUUAAUGACAAUGAUGAGGAGAACAAGCAGGCCAAGGCCGAAGUUGACAAGUUGUUUGAAGUCCUUGGUAAAGCUGACCCUGUAUCAAAGGAGUUGUUUGCCCAGUUGGGUUACGUUUUUGCUGAAUGGGUAAGGUUAUUGUCGCAUGGAAACGAGCAGCUGAAAAAGGAUGCAUCAGAAGAAGACUUUAUUGCUGGUUUAGUCGAGUCUGGUAUUUUAACUAACCCCGUGCAUUUCAAAUCAUUUUGGAAGGCUGCUAUUGAAAUAUCAGUUGCUUUGUUUGGUACCGAGCACGAGUUGAGAAGCCGUACUCAACAUGAGGCUUAUUUGUCGGUUGAUUGUUUGGCUAUUUUGGUGGUUCGUGUGGUUAUGAAUGUUGAAAAUGAAGCUCAUGCAAUUUCGUACCUCAAAAACAUUAUUGGUGUUGUGUUGUUCAACUUGAUUAGUGAGCACGAAGAGGCUAAGGCGGCAUGGAAUGAACGUGCAUAUUUCAGAUUCUUUUCAUCGUUGCUAUCAGCAUGGAACGAUGUAUCUGUAUUGGACAAUGAUGCGACAAAGAGUCUUGACUCGCAAUUUUUCCAAUUUAUUGGUGAGUGCUUCAACUCGCUUCAACCAAUAGUACUUCCCGGUUUCACUUUUGCAUGGAUCUCGCUUAUCAGCCACCGCAUGUUUUUGCCCAGAUUAAUGGAAUUGCCUGAUGGUGAAGGCUAUGCAGUAGGUGUCAAAUUGUUGCUGGCAUUGUUCAAGUUUCAGGAUACUUAUCAGCUCAAAGAAAAUAGCCAUGAUGUGUCAAAUGUCACAUUUAAGGCAAUAAAUAGAAUCUUUGUUGGCUUGUUGCAUGAGUAUCCAGAUUUCUUGGUUGAGUGCCACUACCAGUUGAUAGCAGCGGCGCCAAGAGGCUAUAUCCAACUCAAGAAUAUAAUAUUGUCUGCUUCACCCAAGUCGAUGACUAUACCUGAUCCAUUCACUCCUGGAUUGAAAGUUGAAAGAUUGCCAGAAAUCAAUGAUGCUCCAAAAGUGUUUUACAAGCCAAUGGAUGAUUUGAUAAGAGCUGGUUUAAAGAAGCCGGUUGAGACAUUUUUGCGUAUUCCAUCAUCUAGUCUCGUGAGAGCAAUUUACAAUGGAUUGAAAUUGGCACAGCCCAAACAGUCUGAUAUGUUUGGCAUUCCCGAAACGGUUAAUUUCAACCACAAGUUGGUGAAUGCAUUAGUGCUUCAUGUUGGAAUGAAUGCUGUGGCGGAGAAGUCGCCUGCUGGCCGCAACAGUUUUAAUAGCAAGAGCUCACAAGUUGCAUUAUUGGUUGAUCUUAUGAAUUAUGGUUCCAAUGAAUUCAAGUAUUUGUUGAUCAGCAGUAUUGCGAAUCAAUUGAGGUACCCUAACAGCCAUACUCACUGGUUUAUUGGAAUCAUAUUGCACUUUUUCUUGUCAAACACGUUAUGGAACACUUCUGGAUCAAAAUUGGCUGUGCAAGAGAUUAUUACUCGUGUCUUGUUGGAAAGAAGGAUCGUUAAUAAGCCGCAUCCAUGGGGACUUACUAUCGUAUUCCUUGAGUUGGUCAAGAAUGAUGAUUUUGGCUUUUUCGAUUUGCCAUUUGUUAAGAACUCGAUUGAUGAGGUCAAGACAAUUUUUGACACUCUUGCUGACAAUGUGAAGGGUUCGAAUUAG